GGCUGUUGACAGGCCCAAGAACUGCGAACCGCGCUGGUCCACCGUCGUGGUUGCUAUGGACAUCCCCCCGUACCCGCUCUACAACCGCACCUUCACCCUCUACCGCGCCUCGCCGCUGCACCAUGGCUCCGCCCCGCUCCUCGCCCCGCGCGCCCUGCGCACCCACGCCAAGCGCCUGAGCGAGCAGCUCAAGGGCGACUCGAUCCGCGGCGUCGACGUCGCCUUCGCCGCCGCCUCGCACCUCGGGCCCCUCGAGUCCUGCACCUGGGACCUGCUCGGCGACGAGGACUCGUGGAUUGACGCCCACCAGCUGCAGUCGCCCACGCCGCCGCCCGACGCCCGCGGCGUCCUUGUCACCCUCGACUACCCGCAGGCCUCCUACACGGCGCUCCUGUUGCGCGACCCGCGCCCCGCGCCCCCCAGCUUCACCGCGCUGCCGCUGCUGCUCGUCAAGAUGCCCGCGCCCGUGCGCGACGUCUUUUUGCAGUAUCUGCGCACCAGCUUCGACGCGCACGUCGCUCCGCUGCGGCUGCCGUCGUCGUUCAUCGCCGCCGGUGCGGAGACGUAUCUGCGGCACCUGGGCGACGGGGACUCGGUGCGCCAGCUCAGCGUACAAUUGGCGUUUCCCAGCGCGCCGGCGCUCGCGCACAUUGACAUCACGAUUGGGGCUGGGGACGUUGCGGGCUUUGUUGCGAGGGGGGCCGACAACACACUCAGAGACAAGACGCUUGGGGACAAGACACGCGGGGACGCCUCACCCACCCCCGGACCCUUCACAGCAGCCCUCACCUCCUACCUGCGCACCCACCUCGCCCUCUCGCUCACCCACCCCGGCACAACCAUCUCCCUAAUCUCCGCCACCUCCUUCUCGCUCGGCACCUCGCGCCUGAAACUCAGCGCCCCGGACACACUCGCCAACACCUCCUUCUCGGACUCCAGCGGCCAGGACGCGAGUCCAGCGCAGCUAGCAGUUGAGGAGGUGCUGAGCGCGCUCGUGCGGGAAGCGGGGGGGUAGUGGGAAACUCGUGCCUGAGGAGGUGAAGGCGCGGAGCAAAGGGGAAGGGGCGCGGCGGAAGAGGGCGGCGAGCGGGGCGGCGAGGG